AUGGGUCAAUCCGAACCCAAGGUGGUGGCACAACCUUCCGAUGAACUUGAUGAUGCUGUGGUAUAUCUCAAUGACCAUGCGGAUGUGGCGCCCAGCUCUCAAGUCGAUCUCCGGGCGCUACGUCGUAAAGUCGAUUUACAUUUGAUGCCCUAUAUGUUCUGCUGCUAUGUGCUGCAGUUUCUGGACAAGGUCAUGCUGAACUAUGCGGCUGUUAUGGGAAUUAAACAACACUUGGGACUCGUCGGAAAUGACUUUUCUAAUGUCGCGUCAUGGUUCUUCAUUGCCUACUUGAUCGCGGAGAUACCAAAUGUAUAUUGCUUGCAGAAAGUACCACCAGCCAAAUGGCUCGGAGCAAAUGUUUUCCUCUGGGGUGUCGCAGCUGCCGCUUCCGCCGGCGCCCAAGGGUAUCGGAGCUUGCUGGCAGCACGAAUUUUCCUGGGCAUCUUUGAAGCGACAGUAGGUCCAUCCCUGAUGCUCCUUAGCAGCCAGUACUACACCAGAAGCGAACAAGCUCCUCGGUUUACUGUAUGGUAUAUGGGUCUCGGUGUGGCCCAAAUUAUCGGAGGUCUCAUAUCUUUCGGCUUCCAACAUGUAACCCAUGCCUCACUUGAGGGGUGGCGGAUUAUGUUUCUUGUUCUUGGAUUAAUAACAUCUGUUGUCGGCGGUCUGACGUUUUUCUUCAUCCCGGAUACACCGAUGAAGGCACCCUGGCUAUCUGAUAACGAAAAGGUUGCCCUUCUCCAACACGUCAGCGAGAACCAGACCGGAGUGUGGAGCACGACUUUGAACCUGAAACAAAUCCGAGAGGCUGUUUGCGAUAUUCAGCUGUGGAUCCUGACUGUGAUUACGGUUUUGAUCUCCGUGUCAAGCGGUGUGGUGACAACAUAUUCGUCAACUUUAAUUGCUGGAUUUGGUUUCUCAGGCCCCAUCUCUGCCCUUCUCAAUACCCCGGGGGGCAUUAUUAGCAUUUUUUUCACACUUCUCGUCGGGUUUGGCAUCCGGAGAACUUCAAAUCGCUGGGCAUGGAAUGUACUCUGUACAAUUCCUGGAAUCAUCGGCGCAGCCCUGCUAUCCUUUCUACCGAAAAGCAACAAGGCUGGUGUCCUGAUCGGGAUUUACAUGGUCAAUGCCAUUGUGGCUACUCUUCCGAUUCUAUACCAGUGGACCAUGGCGAACUGCGCCGGACACACCAAGCGUGCAUUUGCUAGCGCACUCGUUGCUGGAUCCUUCUCGGUCGGAAACAUCAUUGGUCCACAGACAUUCCAGGCACGCGAUGCACCGGAAUAUAAACCGGCCAAGAUUGCUGUUCUUGCAACACAGGCUGCAGCAGCUGCACUCUCUAUCGUGCUGUUUGUUUAUUACAAGUGGCAAAACCGUCACAGAGAUCAGACCAAGGGCUGCGUUGAUGAGAACAUAGCCGAUGAGACCAAGUGGGCUGGUCUCACUGAUAGGGAGAAUCCUUCUUUCCGUUACGUCUACUGA